AUGUCUGCCCUGCGUCGCCGAGUAGGCAACAUCCUUCGAGAUUCGCCGUCUCCCUCUCCCUCUCCCAGUCGAGAUAGCACCCCUGAUCCUAACGACAACAUCAAGCUGGUGUCGGAAAAGAAGCUCGAGAAGCUCACAAAAGGCAAGAACAGCAAAAGGAGGACCUGGCUCGUUUUUGGACUUGGGGGCCUGCUCGGCUUGCUCCUAGCACUGGUGUUUGCGCAAUCGCAAGAUGUAAUCAAGCUGGAAGGACUGUUGGAGAUGAAUCUGGAUAGCUUGAUGGAUGCAAUCCCUGCUGGGAUCGUAAAAGAUGUCAAAGAUUUGUCCCAAGCCGAGCGGGAGGCCGUCAACUACGACUCUUUCGCGGUUGGGUUACACUUGCAAUCGCAGGGUAUCUCGGCGCAACACCCAGUCAUCAUGGUCCCCGGGGUGAUCUCAACAGGGUUAGAAUCCUGGUCUACAGGCGAAAAAUCGAGACAAUACUUUCGAAAGAGACUAUGGGGUUCAUGGUCAAUGAUGAGAGCACUUGUACUAGAUCAGCCAUUAUGGAAAAAGCAUAUCAUGUUGGAUAAAGAGACGGGACUCGACCCUCCAGGAAUCAAACUUCGAGCAGCCCAGGGUUUCGACGCUACUGACUUCUUCAUCACUGGGUAUUGGAUAUGGAACAAAAUCCUGGAGAAUCUCGCCACCAUCGGGUACGAUCCAACGAAUUCGUUUACGGCCUCUUACGAUUGGCGGCUUUCGUAUGCCAACCUUGAGUACCGCGAUCAAUAUUUCACCAGGCUGAAGAACUAUAUCGAGGUGGCCCAUAUGACUUCUGGCAAGAAGCCCGUCAUAGUUUCACACUCGAUGGGCGGUCAGGUCCUUUUCUAUUUCAUGAAAUGGGUCGAGCACAAAGAUCACGGGAAAGGAGGAGCUCGGUGGGUCAAUGAUCAUAUCGACUCUUGGAUCAACAUUUCUGGGUGUAUGCUUGGAACGGCCAAGGACAUUCCUGCUGUCUUGUCUGGUGAAAUGAAGGACACGGCUCAGCUAAAUGCGUUUGCUGUCUACGGUCUCGAAAAAUUUCUGUCCAAGGAAGAUCGUGCAGAACUGUUUCGAGCGAUGCCAGGGAUUUCCUCUAUGUUGCCAAAGGGUGGCGAAGCUGUCUGGGGAAAUAGCACCUGGGCGCCGGACGAUCUAGCCUCCUCACAACAGAACACCAGUUAUGGGCUCUUUAUCUCUUUUCAACCGGAUCAGAACUCCACCAAAUUACCGAGCAAAAACUUGACAAUGACGGAGACUUUUGAAUAUUUGAUGAAUAGCACGGAGCCGUGGUACCAGAAACAAAUUAAGGGUUCAUAUUCCCAUGGAGUGGCACAUACAAAAGCAGAGGUCGAGAGAAAUGAAGACAGACCUGAGACUUGGGUGAAUCCACUGGAGGCCCGACUUCCGCUCGCACCUGACAUGAAGAUUUAUUGUUUCUACGGCAUCGGAAAGCCUACGGAAAGAGCCUACUUCUACAAGGAAAACGAGAACCUUGUGCACGGGACUGUCAACAUCUCCAUCGACACCUCUGUCACCUCGCCGAAUGGCCGCUUACAGGAGAUUGGCUCAGUCGAUCAUGGCGUGGUUUUCGGAGAAGGGGAUGGGACGGUAAACCUGUUAUCCACAGGAUAUAUGUGCGCCAAAGGGUGGAAAAAGAUCAAACGAUACAAUCCUGCAGGAACCAAAAUCAUUACGUAUGAAAUGCCGCACGAGCCAGACAGAUUCAAUCCUCGAGGCGGUCCUAACACUGGCGAUCACGUUGAUAUUCUUGGGAGAAGUAGCCUGAAUGACUUGAUCCUACGGGUGGCCGGGGGGGAGGGAGAUCAGAUCGAGGAGAACUACCAGAGUCGCAUCUGGGAGAUCAGCGAGAGAGUUCAGAUAUCUGAAGAAGGAUGA